UGGGUUCAUACUAAUCAGAGUUGAUUUUGUCUCUAUAGACAUCAUAUAUCAAGAAUAUACUUCUAUUUAUAACAUGACAAUUCAACAUUAGUCAAAUAAUAACGAGUUAUAUAUCUGUGGAUCUAUUAAGCGAUGACCAUCACAAGGCAACAAAAUAAAAGCAAAUGUACUAAUAUAUAUUUGUGUAUGAAACUAUUGAUAAGAAAUUUAAACCCUAACUAAAGCAAGAAAACAAAAAGAAUCAUGUCAGUCCCACCCCAUAUGGAACACAAACCCUAAUAAUUACAUAUAUAACAAUUAUUUUCGUAUACCGCCACACAAAAUAUUGUAUAAGCAUAUGCAUAUGCAUAUGGACAUAAAUAUAUAUAAAGGUUCGUACCCACUUUUAAUUUUAGCCAUCUUCAUUCUCACACUCAACCUCCUCCUCUUUCCCUUCAUUCUCUUUGUUUUUUUUUUCCUUCGAUCUGAUUCCUCUAGUAGAUCUAGUUCCAAUAUCACCCACCAAGAAAAAAAAGAGAAGAAUAUAACUUUACUUUAAGAAUUUUGAAGAAUAAAAUCAAAAGAGAGAGUAUAACCAUGGUUUUCUCCUCCAUCCAGGCUUAUCUUGAUUCAUCCAACUGGCAACAAGCUCCUCCGAGCAAUUAUAAUCAGGGAGGCGCAGGAGCCUCAGCAACCGGAGGUCAUGGUCUUCCUCCUCAGCUGCAGCCACAAUCCCAGCCGCUGUCUAACGGUAGCGGAGGCAGCGGCUCGAUCCGACCAGGCUCGAUGGUGGACAGAGCAAGACAAGCAAACGUAGCCAUGCCCGAAGCGGCACUAAAAUGUCCAAGAUGCGAAUCCACCAACACCAAGUUCUGCUACUUCAACAACUACAGCCUCACUCAGCCACGCCACUUUUGCAAAACCUGCCGGAGAUACUGGACACGUGGCGGUGCCCUCCGCAACGUCCCCGUGGGCGGUGGCUGCCGGAGAAACAGGCGUACUAAAAGCAGCAGCAACAACAAUAGCAGCACCGCCACUAGCAACAACACAAGCUUCUCCUCCGCUGCCUCAGGGAAUGCAUCCACCAUCAGCGCGAUUCUCUCCUCCAACUAUGGAGGAACCCAUGAGAAUAUCUUGAGUCAAAUUUUGUCUCCAGGUAGGCUAAUGAAUCCUGGUUAUAAUCAUCAUCUAGGAGAUCUCACGGAUAAUACAAAAACAGACAACAACAUGAGCUUGUUGAACUAUGGAGGAUUGAGUCAAGACUUGAGAUCAAUCCACAUGGGAAAUUCUGGUGGGUCUCUUAUGAGCUGUGUUGAUGAGUGGAGAACGGCGUCGCAUCAUCAGCAGCCGCAGAUUUUGGGAGGUGGAAACUUGGAGGACUCUAAUCCUAACCCAUCUUCAAAUGGGUUUUAUCCUUUUGAGUCACCGAGGAUAACUUCUGCGUCGAUCUCAUCUGCUUUGGCGUCGCAGUUUUCUUCAGUUAAAGUUGAAGAUAAUAAUCCUUACAAAUGGGUUAAUGUCAAUGGUAAUUGCUCUUCCUGGACUGAUCUUUCUACGUUCGGCUCUUCUCGUUGAGUUCAACCAACAACAAAAAGAAACAAAAAAAAAAGAAACUAGAGGGUACUUAUUGAUGAAAAACCCUAGUUACUAAUUAUUAGGUUUAUUUUAUCUUGUUUCACGUUUUUUUUGUUUAGUUUAUGGUAUUGGUGUUUACGACUUCCCUUGUUCUCUAUAUAUGGUUCUAGGUGUGUAGCUUAAGUUAUUAGGUGUGUCUGAGACUGUUCCUAUGUUGUAUCAGCACUUCCGUUGUUACAUUUGAGUUUGAUGUCUUAGAUGGCUAUCUAUAUAUUUGUCAAUCGUAUUAAAGUCAUGAUAUGUUGAAUGAGCUAGUUUUAUUUCU